AUGGAAGCCUCGCCUCUGACACAGCAGGCUAGACCAGAAACAUUCCAGCCCAAGGUCGUUCAGCUUUAUGAGACUCUUUUCCAGGCAUGUGCCCUUCCCACAAACCUUGCGGAGCCCACCGAAGGUUUCUGGCGGGAGUUCUUUUUGCUUCCUCCAGACCCGGUGCACCUGCGCCGCAUUAUAGAUGCCUUCACGCCAGACGAUGCAUUAUCGUUGCAGGCAAUCACGCAGCAGGUGUUCUCUCGAGCCAUUCGGGAAGCAGCCGCUGGUGUAGCUCCUAAUGAUACCCAUGCGCUUGAGACUCUUACCGCUUUCCUUGGGAGCAUCUUGGUCAAAAAGUACACAAACCCUAGUUCUGAUAUCAUCACGAUCCUUGCGGGACUGAAUGAAGGGGAUCAAGUAUUCACCGAUUUUGUCGGUAUCCUUGACAGAAUUAUUCGGACAGGGUCAUACUUUGAUCUCCGAUUGCAAGCUGUAAGAACCGCGAUCGCAAUCGUUAGUGGAGCCUAUAAAACUGGUCUCGUCUCGUACUUCACACACCGCGAUCUUUUCCCUUCUAUAAUGAAGUUUAUACAUGAUUCCGAAGACCAUCUAAAAAUAUUGGAGCCGUUUUCGCUCCUUGGUCUUUUGGCAAACUACAAUAAAUUCGAAUUCCAAAACCCGUAUCAGCAACGACUCGGUGAUUUUGUUAAUGAGUCUACUAUUCAAAAAAUCGUGAAAAGUACAGGCCUGUCUUGUGCUGGUCUUAGGAAUGGUUAUGUUGCCAUCGAAGAUGAUCUUCCUGAGGGAUGGACGCUUAGCAAUACGCUCGUCUUUUUCGGAUUACGCGCGCUUACCGGCGGUGCCAAAGACAAGACCGUUACUUUAAACCCUGAAGAGAUAAAGGAGACAUUUGCAGCGCAACCGGCGGCCGAAGCUACGAUCCUCCUAGCUACUUAUGAUUUUGUCAAUGCAAACAAGCUUUUUGGCUACAGCUUGGUCACCUCUGUGCCUGAAAAGCGGAAUGAAGAGUCUCCUUUCUCAAGCUUCCUGUCACUGACAUCAUAUCUGCUCCAACAUGCGUACCGGUCUGAGCGAGUGGCAACAUAUGCAGAAUUGAAUCUUUCUAUCCUUCGUAUUCUAGUAGAAGAUCCAGUUUUAUGCAAACGAAUAUGCGGUGAAGAAGGCAGGCGCAAUGUUCGUCUUUGUCGACAACGACAGCCCCAUAUUCCUCUUGUCAACGGUGAACGUGUGCCUGCGACGGUCAUAUUCGAUAUCAUGAUCGAUACUAUGACUCACAAUCUGCGACGCCGCCUAGACGUCAACCUCUACUGCCAUACCAUCGGCAUCCUCAUUCGGCUGUUUACCUUUUUAUCGUCCAACAGAACUCGGCUAACAUACCACUGGUCCGAGCUGUGGCGUACCCUGCUCUCCCUAAUGCGAUUCCUCACCACUUAUGCCUCCGAUAUAUCGCUUAACCCUCGCAUCAACAACCUGACAACUUCGCUGGUCAACUUGAUCGCAUUUUCUCUUUCUGCUGGUGACACGUUCCUACCUGACCCAGCCUCUUAUGACGAUCUAUUCUACAAAAUUGUGGAAACCGGGCCCGUCAUAGCUCGAUUCCGAGAUGUGUACAAUUUAGCCCCAUUUGCCUGCACUACACCAGGCUCAAAGGAGACCAAUAAUACCGACAUUUCAGAUACAAAUAUCGCUGCUAUUGAUAUCCUCAUUUCCGUAUCCACACAUUUCCACUCGCUGCUUUUCCAAACGGACAAAUCGGACUCUACAAAUGGAGCGACAGAUAGCAAUGAUGCGCCCAAGAUCAUCCCGGCUGCACGCAAGAAGAAUCUUGGCCCCCGUGAGGUACAUCAAAUCAUCAAGCAAGGCUCCGAUACACUCAGCAUUCAAACCCGUGAGGGGCUGAAUACAUGGAGCAAAUGGCGCGAAGCGGAUUCGAAACUCGAGUUGAAACGUGCUGCGAGAUGUGCGGUUGAGGAUGCAAGAAAACUUGUCCUUCAAUAA